AUGAACUGGAAUUUGUACAGGACAAAUAACUUGCAGCAUGAACACUAUGUAGCAUUUCGAUGUGACGAAGAAAUCACGCUGGUGAUCCCACCGGUGUUUAACUACUGCACCAAGGUGCUGGAUCCCAAGGAGCAGAUAGCUGCAAGGGACCUUUACUGGGAGGCCAUAUGCAGCGAUGACAGGAAGGAUAGAGACUGGGAGAAAGUGGAGAAGGUCCUCUUGGAGAGUAUUCAGAAGAACCCGUUUGUAGGAGAGCCUUACCUGGUUACUGCACAGCUGUAUCUCAACAUGGAGAGGUACGCAGAGGCGAAGAAAGAGGCCGAGGAAGGGCUCAAGUUGCUGCUGGAAUGGGGCGUCAGCUGGGACAAAAGGAUGACAUGGGAAUCCUGGGUGUCUUGGGGUAGGGUGAUGCUGGACAAGGCCAAGGAGAGUGAGUGGCCUCGUACUGCAGCAGGCAUCACCAACCUGGGACUUGUGAAAUGA